AUGCCGAUCACUGCUGUCCAUGCUCGAUAUAUCUACGAUUCUCGUGGUAACCCAACAGUCGAAUUUACAAGUAACACAAAACAGGAAUGUUUCGAGCAGCUGUACCAAGUGGGUGCAUCGACAGGUGUGCAUGAAGCACUCGAACUUCGGGAUAAAGAUAAAGCUGUACAUCAUGGAAAAGGUGUUUUGAAAGCGGUCAAAAAUGUCAAUGAAAUUAUCGCUCCUGUAUUGGUUGCCAAAAAACUGGAACCCACACAGCAAAAAGAAAUUGAUAAGUUUCUACUGCAGUUUGACGGAACCGAAAAUAAAUCGAAAUUUGGAGCAAAUGCAAUUUUGGGUAUAUCACUAGCAGUAUGUAAGGCUGGUGCUGCUCACAGAGAUGUACCUCUAUAUAAAUAUAUAGCAGCACUAGCAGGUAUUGAAAAAGUCUUCUUACCAGUCCCUGCCAUGAAUGUCAUCAACGGUGGAUCCCAUGCCGGUAACAAACUAGCUAUGCAGGAAUUUAUGAUCAUGCCUACUGGUGCAUCAUCUUUUACGGAAGCUAUGCGUAUGGGACCUGAAACUUACCAUCAUUUACGAGCUGAAAUCAAAAAACGAUAUGGCUUAGAUGCAACCGCUGUAGGGGAUGAAGGUGGCUUUGCUCCAAAUAUUCAAGACAAUAAAGAAGGUCUUGAUUUACUGAAAACAGCCAUUGAUAAUGCUGGCUACACAGGAAAAAUUUCCAUAGCCAUGGACUGUGCAGGUUCCGAAUACUACAAAGAAUACCGAAUAGAUUCAAUAGAAGAUUGGUUUGACCAAGAUGACUGGGAUAGCUGGACGAAAGCCUUAACCAUCGUAAAUAUUCAAAUUGUCGGUGAUGACCUGACAGUUAUUAAUCCGAAACGAAUUCAAACAGCAGUGAACAAGAAAGCUUGCAACUGCCUAUUGCUUGAAAUAAACCAAAUUGGCACAGUAACUGAGUCAAUCGAGGCAGCGAAAUUAGCUCGAAAGAAUGGAUGGGGAGUGAUGGUUUCUCAUCUUUCCGGAGAAACCGAAGACACAUUCAUUGCUGAAAUUGCUGUUGGCCUUGCUACAGGACAAAUUAAAACUGGAGCACCCUGUCGAUCAGAACGACUUGCCAAAUACAAUCGAAUUCUACGUAUAGAAGAAGAACUCGGAAAAUACGCUAUUUACGCUGGAACGGAAUUUCGAAACCAACAAGCAUAA